AUGAGGAGCGUUGACGCUGAGGCGCUCUCUCUCUACGCAAUGGAUGGAGGUGAAAUUCGAUCCGACGCGAACCUACCGUAUUCCCCAGAAGACUGGGGCACGACGUCGAAAACAGCAGCAACAGCAGUCGAGCGCCGACGAGUCGGCCCGUCCACCAACGGACUGAACCGAGCUGCACUUCCCUUUCAUCGAAGCGCCACCACCUCCUAUUCCGAACAAGAAGUCUCAUGCAUCUGCGAGUCGCUGUUCAACGAAGGCCUACAGACCGGACGGACCGAACAACUGACACAUUUCUUGUGGACGUUACCGGAUCAUUUGAAAUGUUUGGAAAGCGCUCUUAAAGCUCACGCUCUAGUGUUAUUUAGUCAACAACAAUGGAAACAACUUUACCGGUUGCUGGAAACGCACAAGUUUAGUCCACAUAAUCAUCAAGUACUGCAAGAUUUAUGGCUGAGGGCUCAUUAUACAGAGGCCGAGAAAACAAAGGAACGAGAACUCGGUGCGGUAUGCAAAUACCGUAUCCGAAAGAAGAAUCCAUUCCCGUCAACGAUUUGGGACGGAGAGGAAACGAACUACUGCUUUAAGUCGAAAUCCCGGAACGUGCUACGGGAUGCGUACAAAAAGCAAGCUUAUCCAUCUGUGGAGGAGAAGAAACGAUUGGCAGCUCAGACAGAACUUACCGUAACUCAGGUGUCGAAUUGGUUCAAGAAUAAGCGUCAACGUGAACGGGCAGCCGGUACUUUAGAGAAAAGUUCCGCUAAGUCCGAAAGCGAUGACGGAUCAAGUGGAUGCGAUUCAAAGCCGAAUCUUAGCCUAGAAACACCGUUCCCGGAUAUGCAAGCGUUUGGGUACACAGGAGCGGCGGCCGCGUAUUUUCCGCCGCCGAUGACCUACGAUCCACUAUUUAAUUUGCAAAAUCUGUGA